AUGUGCAAGAUAAUUCUGACCACAGGUCUCUGUUUGAUCAUCGCCAGCUUGGCUUCUUCCUCCAGGCUGGUGUGUUACUAUGACAGCUUGGCUUACUACAGAGCGGAGGGCGGGAAGUUCCAGAUUUCAGACCUGAACCAUUGUACCCAUCUGAUCUUCGCCUUUUCUGACAUUAACAGUGUGAACAGACUGGUCCCCAGCAAAGCAGCUGACGUACAAAGCUAUUACUCCUUUAAUGCACUCAAAACCAGAUUCAGUACGAUGGUGUCAACACAAACAAGAAGAGCAAUGUUCAUCCAGUCUGCUAUCACACUACUGAGAACAUAUGGUUUUGAUGGGCUCAGCCUGGACUGGAGGUUUCCCGCAGCAGCAGGAAGCCAAUCAGACAACAAGCAGAAAUUUACACUGUUGUGCCAGGUCAGUUACCUUAACACAACCAAGUUUGGAGGAGCCUUCGUCUGGUCUCUGGACCUGGAUGACUUCAGUGGAAAUUUCUGUAAACAGGGCAAAUAUCCCCUCAUCAGCCACCUGCAUGAUCUCCUUGUUCCAGGUCUCUGUUUGAUCAUCGCCAGCUUGGCCCAUUCCUCCAGGCUGGUGUGUUACUAUGACAGCUUGGCUGAAGAUAGAGCGGAGGACGGGAAGUUCAGGAUUUCAAACAUUAAUCCGAACCAGUGUACCCAUCUGAUUUUCGCCUUUUCUGACAUUAGCAGUGUGAAUGAUCUGGUCCCCAGCAGAGACACUGACGUACAGCUCUAUCAGUCCUUUAAUGGACUCAAAACCAGAUUCAGUACGAUGGUGUCAACACAAACAACAAGAGCAAUGUUCAUCCAGUCUGCUAUCACACUACUGAGAACAUAUGGUUUUGAUGGGCUCAACCUGGACUGGAGGUUUCCCGCAGCAGCAGGAAGCCAAUCAGACAACAAGCAGAAAUUUACACUGUUGUGCCAGGAGCUCAACGCUGCCUUUGUGGCUGAAGGAACCCAAAAUAACCGUGACAGAUUAAUCCUCACUGCUAGUGUCUCUGCUGAGAAGGCAGUCAUCGAUGCCAGUUAUGAAGUCGCACAGAUUGCCGGGAACCUGGAUUUCAUUAAUGUGCUGACAUUUGACUUUCGCGGCCCCUGGGAAAAUGUAACAGGACAUCACAGCCCCUUGUUCCGGGGAUCCCAAGAUACUGGAGACAAAAUCAACUCUAAUACUGAGGAUGGCAUGCAGUACUGGAGGGACCAGGGAGCACCAGCACAAUUGCUAAACUUGGGACUGGCAACGUAUGGACGAGCUUUUACCCUGUCUUCUCCAUCCACUGAUGUUGGAGCACCAGCCAACGGCACUGGUGAAGAAGGUUGCUACACUGGUGAAGAUGGAUUCUGGGCCUAUUAUGAGACUUGUCUUUAUAUUGAAGGGGCUCUAAUCCAGCUGAUUACUGAUCAGAAAGUUCCAUACGCCCUCACAGAAAAUCAGUGGGUUGGAUUUGAUAACAAAGAAAGCUUUGAAACAAAGGUCAGCUACCUGAAAACAAACAACUUUGGAGGAGCUUUUGUCUGGUCUCUGGACCUGGAUGACUUUACUGGAAAAUUCUGUAAUGAUAGCAAAUAUCCUCUCAUCAGCCAUGUGCAUGAUCUCCUUGUUCCAGCAACCACAACUCCCACUACAACUCCCACCACCACUACUCCCACUACUACAACUCCCACAAUCACAACUCCCACCACCACAACGCCCACUACUACAAUCACAACUCCCACUAUUACAACUACAACUCCCACCACCACAACUCCCACAACCACAACUCCCACCACUACAACCACAACUCCCACUAUUACAACCACAACUCCCACAACCACAACGCCCACUACUACAAUCACAACUCCCACUAUUACAACUACAACUCCCACCACCACAACUCCCACUACCACAACGCCCACUACUACAAUCACAACUCCCACUAUUACAACCACAACUCCCACCACUACAACCACAACUCCCACUAUUACAACUACAACUCCCACCACCACAACUCCCACAACCACAACUCCCACCACUACAACUACAACUCCCACUACCACAACCACAACUCCCACUACAACUCCCACCACCACUACUCCCACCACCACUACUCCCACUACUACAACUCCCACAAUCACAACUCCCACCACCACAACGCCCACUACUACAACUACAUCUUCCACAACCACAACUCCCACCACAACUCCCACUACCAUAACCACAACUCCCACUAGUACAACUACAACUCCCACUACCACAACUCCCACUACUACAACCACGACUCCCACUACUACAACCGCAACUCCCACUACCACGACCACAACUCUCACUACCACAACUCCCACUACCACAACUACAACUCCCACUACCACGACCACAACUCCCACUACCACAACCAUGACCACAACUCCCACUACUACGACUACAACUCCCACUACCACAACCACAACUCCCACUACCACAACCACUACUCCCACUUCAACAGGAAAUUCUAGAGGUCUCUGUGGAGGUAAAAACAGUGGGCUUAUCAGCAACCCUAAAGACCCACAAUCUUUUUUCAACUGUGGUGAUAAAGCAGUGCACCUUCAAUACUGCCAAGCAAGGUUGAUCUUCAAGGAAUCUUGCCAAUGCUGUGACUACCCCUAAAGAGUGGCAAGAUAUGUGUUAAUACUCUUAUCAACAAAAUGGGGUUACUGUCAACAGAUGUUAUAUGUAUCAUUUGUUAUGAUUCUUCACUGAUGUUUUGUGUGAAAAAUUACUUUACUCUUUUUAGGCCUCAAUAAGGUACAUGUAGGUUUGAAAACACCAUUUACAUGCUUGCAUUAACACUUUCAGGUGAAUCCGUCAAGAUUUACAGAUUGAUUUCCAUAAGCCAAUGAAAUGUCCUCCCAUUCAUGUCUGUAAAUAUACCACAUUAUUUAUUUUAUUUAUUAAUAUCUAAUAUAUCUAAACCAGUUGAUCAUGUAUGUUCUUUUUAUCCUUUCUUCCAUUAUUUAGUCUACCAUGCCUUACUUAAUUAUAUGGUUGUUGCAUAAAUAUUUUACUGUUGGUGUAUCUUACCCUAUUGUAUGGAUGUGUUUUUUUGUUGGUUUAUAUUUAGCCCUCACAUGAUUGCCAUGCACCUGUUACAUAUAGCAUAUAUUUAUACAUUUAAAGCUUUACUUUGAUAAAUUCUAAUAAAUAUUACUGAAUUGAUAAAUCAAUAAUAAUAAAAUGAUAAAUUACAAAAAUUUUACAAGUUUUCCAUGUUUUGUUGGAAGAUUGGUUAUUAUGUUGUUGUUGGUUGUUCUUUGUCUAUCAGGUGCUUAUGGGAUAAAAGACACAACAUAGUGUUUUAGCGCAUUACAAAUAAAAGUGAACUGAAUAUGCUAUGAAAACAAGCUACCUAACUGGUUAUCAUCAAUCUAUCCCCAGAUCAACAUCUAUCUAUCUAUCUAUAACAAGUGAUUUUUAUCAGAGUUGUUUCACAACACACAAAUUUAACUGAUCAAACUUGUAAACUUCUAACAUGCAGCUAUUCUGUUUAGUUCAGAUCAGACCAGGUACUAUAUGAUCAGAUCAAUGCAAUUAAAACACAAAAUAAAAAUAUUAAUUUGAUAUCCAAGCAAGAGCUUUACUGACAAUGCAGAGCUGUAACCAAGACUGAAGUUAAUUUACGACGCAGUAGUUGGAUUAUUUGUCUGGAAAUGUUUUCCAAAGUAGAUCUUCUUUUGUAUCUUCAAAUUUGUACCUACAGUAUAUCUAUACAUCUAUACAUUGGGGGGCUUUUUUCCGCUUGAGGGCCCCAAGCAUUUGCCUGGUUUGCCUGUCGUGACGAUAUGCCUCUGGCUAAAACAGAUAAUUAAACAAUCCUGAGUAACAACUGUUAUGAGUUAUAAGGAUCCUGCUGGGCAAGAUUUUUUUACAACACAAAUCAUCUUCCCAAACUUGUUGUAUGAGGGAAAAUGUUGUAAAUGUUUCAGUUAAAUCAGCUGUGCACAUUAUGUUCUCGUUCUUUUGUCUGACAUGCCUCUUUUUUUUCUAUGCUUAUUCAAUGGGUAUGUUCUGGUGUAUAUUUAGCAUGAUUGGUCUAGAUGAUGCAGCUAAUGACAUGGCUGAUGCAUAUUGCACUUAUUUACAUACACUAUUUGUCUAGCUUUAAUAAAUACUGACUCCUUAU